CUUAAUUGAUGGCUUUCGGCUGCGAGGGUUGCGGGCAGCGCCACCUUGAGCUCUGUUUUCAGUACUUUGGGGGAGAGAGAGAAAGAGAUAGAGAGAGAGAGAGAGAGGAGGAAGACGAGGUGUUGCGGUGUUAGAUUAAGGAGUGGUGCAACCCCUUCCUCCAGUACCUUCUCGGCCUCGAUCGCAUCUCGCCGCCUUCCGAAACCCGAAAUUUUUGGUUUGAGAGAGCACAUCGAGGGGGAUCGUUUGAUGAUCAGGGGCAGCUACGUAGUGCGCGGCAAUCCUCGUCGAUUCCAUUUCCACCGCUUCCUGCUACGAUCUCAUCCUCAAUUUUGGAUGUUACUCCCCAACUUAUGGCUCGGAAUUUCUCUAUUGUCUUCUGUUCCCGCGGCUCCUUGUCACUCUUUGGCGUUUUCUUCCUAUUCCUCGGAUUGUUCAGAUUUGGAUUAGGGUUUCUGGCUCUCGAUUCGGAAUCAGGAGGCCCUGAUAGGGGUUGCGCUGCAGGUGAAUUGAUGAAGAAGCGGUUUCUUGAUGUUCACCCCGUAGAAGAAAGGGUGGUCGUUCUCGCUGAGGAUGCGUUGAGGGUUUGCAAAACUACGGCACGCCGGUGCGAUGGCCUCCCUGAAGGUGAAGGAAAAGAGCAUGGUAGAGGCGCCGCCACCACCUCAGGCUUGGUUUCGAGAUUCGUUUGGCUUUAUCCAAUGAGCUUGUACAAGAGAUUGUUUUGUGUUCAACAGCAACAACAAAACUGUCUUCUAUUGGUCGAGAAAAAGGAGACAGUUGCUAUGUGUGAAGAAGUCAGACAAGUUUUGGCAGAGGUAAAUGCUUCAUCAGAGAAGUUGUUUGAAGUGAUGCUGCCUACUCAGUGUUCGGUCAGACUAAAGGACUUAGAAUAGGAGGCUAUCAACAACCUGCUGGAGGUGAAUUACUGAUGGAAGACGGUGACGGAGAAGGGACUUGUAAAUUGGACUGAGAUGUUGAACCUGCAUCAAGUUAUGUCAUGUGGAAAACAGCUGCAGAAAAUGUCAUGGAAGUUUAUGAGAUAUUCCAGAAACUUGUUCAGUAUUAGGUGGAGGAGGUCCAUGCUCCUGCGGAGAGCAACAAUAAUGAUAUUUCUGGGAAGUUGGUCGGUUCAAUGAGCACAGUGGAGAAGAUGGGUUUGUGGUAGAUGAGGCAGCUGUAGCAGAAAUAGAAGCUGCGGCUCCUGAUGUUGGAUGGAGUGAAGACGAUGACGAUGAUGAAGAAGACUAUAGUGACCACAAUGUUUUGGACGUUCUUCUCAACAUGAUAAUAGAGCUGCUCCUAUGUCCACAUUGUUAAUAGAGCUCUCUUUUAGUUUUCAUGGGAUGGGUAUCAGUCAUGUAGGUAAUGCUCUUUAUCGACUAGUUCUUUUGUGAAUGCAUGAGAGUGACGUAUCCAUGCUUCCACCUUGAGAACAUGGUUCUUUCUACUCUAAAGCCAAGGGAAUGCUUCAUUUGGUUCUUGUCACUGUUAUACAUCUAAUGUAUAGUUGACAUUAUGUUCGGAAAAUCUUUGGAAGCUCGUCUUGGAUUUGGUUGCAUCUGAAGUCAUACAUGCUUACGUACCCCGAAGUUCUUCUAAAGAACAGGGUUGAAUUGGCUAUGCUUUUUCCGUGUCUUCAUUGAUUACCGGCGUUUAAUGCAAGGACCUGCUGCAGAACAAAACCACCGCAUAGAGCAGAGGAGCUGCCAACAUAUAAAAGCCGGCAUGGAUGGGGACUGGUCGUGAAGAAGAGGCGUGGAGUGGGUUCGUCUUGGCUUCUUUCUCUAGGGCGCGGUUGGAAAGGGGGGAGGGGGGGAAGGUGGGGUGGUCCAGAGGACCAGAUCUCAAUGCGUCACUAAUGACUCCGGCCGGGAUACUGCAUCUUCCAAGUGCUACUGGUGGGUGGCCCUCCAUCUCUGUCAUCUUCCUCAAGCUCACACAUGCAGCGUCACAGCAAGGCAUGAGUUGUGUUCUCCGAGAUGGAAUUAGCUGUCUUCUCCCUUACUGCAGCAGUACUUCUUGUUCGCUAUCUUAAACCUCAUCUUCUGACUACCGUUUUAGUUCCUGCUUGAUGAAGCCAAGCCCCAAGUCCAAGGUCAGUUCAGCCAUUGUCAGCCACGUAGCCUGGGUGGCCAAGCUUCAGAACAAGAGGGUAUGUUCGCUGUCACUCGAUGCUGCCAUGAGGCAGGAGCAUGUUGAAAUAACAUUCUAAAUAUGGGAUCUCACCGGAUGUCAAGUAUAAAGAUCGAGUAGUGCAGAUGAAGUGUUGACUUGGGAUUCGACCAGUGAAAUGCCCGGUAGACUAGGAUUAGGCGGCAGCAGGAAGUACUCCUACCUCUGUAAGACAAAGGCGUGGCCUUUCUAGGCCUGGAAACAUAGCUUUAUUGUAGCUUCUCAUUACACCUCUUCAACGCCGUGCCUGCCCCUAGUUCGGUGGAGCUUCUCCCUCUCUCUGUUUCUCAGCUGCAGUGAAACUUGUCAAGGUCGCAGCAGAGCAACAUUCUUGUAGGAUAUCCAUUCCAAUCAUUAACGUUACCCUGUCCACGUGAGCUGGUAAGACUGAAUAAUGAACCAAUAUUAUGUGCAGAAUUCAGCAUUUUGUUAGAUUUAGUUCUUCUACGUACUUAUUUUUGGAGCACAGUAGGGAAGAAACAAGGAUAAUGAAGAGAUGAGGAGAGGAGGGCCAAAUGGAUGAUGGGCUUCCUCUGCAUGUAAUUUCAUGCAGGCACAUGCAUCGAGGAUGGUCCCCAUCCAAGACACAAAAGCCUGUGCCUAAUCCUCUCCGUUUCCUUCCCCCCACAUGCCCGCCCUCCGUAUCCUCCUCCAACUUGAAUGCAAUAGUUAAAAAGUAGAACACGAAAGAGGGCUGUAAAACACAACCCAAGUACACUUAUUACAGGCGGUCUUGCACAUCCGUUCUUUCCCAUUGUUGUCAUUGCCAUCAUUACCCACCCUCGACAUCCUCCAGCAAUAAAUGUCAACGUUAGAUCUUCCUGCUCUUCGUCAGUCCUCCCCACAGUGAACCUUCUCUAACCUGUGAUCCUGAACAGUUUGAGGACCUACCCACUCUACUUAUUGCCAUGCUCUGGUUGAUCUCCUUUGGAUUUGGUUUUGGGGGUCGCAUCGGUUCUAGGAAGGUUGUCAGCAUUAGUUCCCUUCUUUCUUUGGUAGCUGAAUCAAAGUCUGAGAAAAGAAGCCACCCUUGGAUCCUUUUCCUUUAGUCAUACAUAUAUUUCUUUUGUUUAGCUCACUUUUUUGGAUUUUGUGGUAGUUAAAGCCUUGCAUCCCACUUCCAUAUCUCCUGCUCUUUGUUCCUUUUCUUGAUAGCCCGAGUGCUGCUUUCUCUGGGAACAUUUGGUGUUGCUUCUGGCAAUGCGAAGUUAUUGGGUCCACGACAUGAGAAGCUCUGCUCCUUCUCGACCCGUCAGAUCUCAAAUGGAUAGUCUUUCGGCGUCUGUCUUUUGAUUUGUGAGGCCGUGUUUCGUUUUCCUGUAGAGCCUUUGAAUUUUUUGAUGUCCAGAUUAAUGAUGAGGGAGAUCACUUCUGCGUGGGCUUUUCUCCUACUACCACUACUCAUCUUUCAUGCAUCAUCCGAACCAGAAAGCUCCACUGCUCGAAUGGAGAAGGCAGAGCAACAAGCCCUGUAUUUGGUGAUCCAAGACUUGGUCGGCAACUGGUGGAAUGGCACAGCACUUUAUCCAGACCCUUGCGGCUGGACUCCGAUUCAGGGUGUAUCAUGCGAUCUUUUUGAUGGUUUAUGGUACGUCACAGCACUAAGUAUCGGACCCGUCCUCGAGAAUUCCCUCCAAUGCGCGGAGGAAGCGAAGCUGAGUCCACUGCUUUUCCAGCUCGAGCAUCUCAGAAGCCUCUCCUUCUUCAACUGUUUCUCCUCUCAUCGACCCACUGCCGUUCCAUCAAGCAGCAAGUGGGAGAAGCUAGCUGGAAGCUUUCAAACCCUGGAGUUCCGCUCGAAUCGAGGCCUCGUCGGAGAAAUCCCAGCCAACCUUGGCCACCUCAGUAACCUACAGUCCCUUGUGCUGGUCGACAACUCUUUGGCUGGAGAGCUGCCAGUGGAGCUUGGCAACUUAGUCCACCUGAAGCGGCUCAUGCUCUCCGGGAAUAAGUUCUCUGGCCAAUUCCCAGCUUCUCUUUGCCACAACCUGACCGAGCUUUUGAUCCUCGACGUCAGCAGCAACUCCCUGUCCGGUUCCCUUCCUCCCUCUCUCUGCAGUCUCAGUUCACUCUUAAAGCUUGAUCUCAGCAACAACCAGUUCCAUGGAAGCCUUCCACCAGAGCUCGCAAGUCUCACCCACCUCACUCUGCUGGACCUCAGGAGCAACAACUUCUCCGGUGCUUGGUUUAGAUCUCUUGCUGGCAUGGCGUCGCUUCAGGAUUUGCUUCUGUCCUACAACCCAUGGGGUGGGAGUCUCGUGGAGCUGGAGUGGGAGGCGCUGAGGAAUCUCACGACGUUGGACCUCUCACAUAUGGGCUUAACCGGGACGAUUCCGGAAGCAAUUGCGAGCUUGAAGAGAUUGAGAUACCUGGCGCUGGAUAACAACCACCUCUCCGGCAGCGUCUCCUCUGGAUUUGCAGCUUUGCCUUCUCUUACUGCUCUCUAUCUCAGCGGUAACAACCUGACAGGGAAACUCGAGUUCUCCCAAGAGUUCUAUCAGAGGAUGGGGAAGAGGUUUGCUUGUUGGAACAACCCAAACCUCUGUUACGACGCUGCUGUGUCCAUGGCCACGGGAGACGUCCUUUAUGGUGUGGCGCAGUGCAAGCAAGAUAAGGAGGCGGCUUCUUCUAACUACGAGGCCGAUCCCUUCGCAAGGGUAGACAGGAGGAAUCCAGAUCACAGUUCUGGUUUGGUGGCCUCCUUUUGGUUUCCUGCUGCUUCGACCGGUGGAUUUUGGUGGGGAAUUGCUGUUGAGGAGGUAGUCAGCAUGGUUCUUUUCGCCAUGAUCAUGUAAGAUGGAUUCCCAAACCUGCAUAAAUAGUUCGAUACAACAUCUUCUCUUUCUGUUCUGCGACUGCUUAAUGUAUUUUGGUAGAAUGUUAGGUUAUAGUUGGCAAACUAUUACCGAAAUGUAUGGACGCUCAGCUCACCGAGCACUAGUCGGAUGGCAGUUACCCAAAAUAAAAUUUCCGGCCUCGAAUGGUUCUUAUACGUA